AUGGAUAAGUGCAAAAGGUUUCCAAGGCAGCGCAGAAAUUACACAAAAGCGCUCAACCCUAAAUUCGGCAGCCAGUCCCUAUGCUUGCGAAUUGUAUGUAAAAUACAAAUCGAGUGUAUUAUCAGGAUUGGAUAUAAAAGCUAUUUCCGCCACUCAGUUGUCAGAGGUAAAGUGAAGAUCACUCUGGGUUUCGGUGACAAUUUCAUACAAAUUAUUUGGACACUAAUUUUGAAGCUCAUCUUUAGAAAAAAGGCAAUACGGAAACAAAGCGCUAGCAAAAAUAAAAUGAAGCGACGUUAUAAUCUGAAAUCGGAAGUUAAGUACGAGUAUAGCACUUCGUUUACGGCAACCAUCAAUCAAUCGAGAACGUGAGUAAUUUUAUCGUUUCCUAUUUAAUCGCAAGCGCAAUUGCAUUACUAAUAAAUAAUCAAAUUAA